AUGAGCGGCGUCGACGAGGAGCACAACAAUCAGAUCGUUUUGACAUUCAAUCCCAUCAAAAUGGCUAAUGCAUUGACUAUGCUGAAAGGCGUCGUAAAAUAUUGUAAAAUCAAACUGACAAACAAAGACUUUCCAUGCCUGACGGUGCAGCUCGAGGUACCAUCGACUACCGGUCGGCAGAUCACACACGAUGUUCCUGUAACUGUUAUUCCGACACGCGAUUGGGCUGAAUUUGAAAUUCCUCAACUACCAGACUUCAAAUCAGUCAUAUCCAUGCCAACGCUGAAGUCCAUCAGAAACCUGGUGGAAAAGAUCAAGAAUUUGGCGUCACACAUAACGUUCUUCUGUAACAAUUCCGGUGAAAUUGCUAUGGUCGUUGAAACUGAUGAAGUGACUGUGGCAAGCAACUACAAAAAUCUUGAAGUUCAACUAGAUGAUCCUGACGACAAGAAUUUGGAGGUGUCCUGUCGUGUUAGUGCCAAAGAAUUGGGAAUUUACUUCUCAUGCAAUCAGUUUCAGGACUUGAAAAUGUACUGUUGUGCUACGCAAGAUCAUGUUCUUAAAAUCGUUGUGGAGGUGAGGCCAUUCGUUUCGUUAAACUGUAUUUUGUGGGCUGUUGCGUUAUGA